AUGUUAUACAUGAGCACCACCCUGCCAAAAUAUUCGGCUUCACCAAAUGGAACAUCUCAAAAGUUCAGUUGUGAAAACAAUUGGAAGAACAACAAAGCAACUGCAAUUGUGGACGCUUACAAAACAAGUGAUAAAAAGUUUUCAGAAGAAUCUUACCACGAAAAGCAUAAAACUUUUACAGAGAAUAGCAUCUGGAAUAAUAAAUACUCUGACGAGCGCGGCUUGCUGAAGUUUGGGGCUCAAGCCAAACCAAUCAAACUCCAAGCCGAGCUGAGCCAAAUCGGCUUGAAAAUCCAAGCUGAGCCGAUUCAAGCCGAUCCUAUAAUGCCGAGUGAUGAUUAUCGAAAACGGUGA